CGUUAUGCAAGUAUUUAAUUUUAUUUGCGUCCAUUGCUUUCGGAUCGCCGAAUCCUAGUGUUUCACUUAAUAGUUGAGCGGCUUGAGCCGGUAGAAUUUUUAGGACUAAGAUUAAUACUUCUUAUCUCACUAGUAUGGAUAAAUCCCAAGGUAUUUAAUAAGCGUAAUGAAAUCCCCUAGGAAGGCUGAAGGUUUAAUAAUUCCUAAAACUUUUAGUUUGAGGUUGUGGAGGCCAUUUAAAUCAUGAACCGAUAAAUGUUUGACCACCAUUGAAAACCUGGCAGCACUGGUUGACCACUUCGUCCUAGUAUAGGACUUCUCAACAGUAGGCAUCCACGCAUCUACCGUUGACCUUUAGACCAUUGAGCCGGGAUCCAACGGCGUUAAUGUCUAACUCCAACCAGUCCACGAUGUCGCGUGACCACCUUCCAUUUUCUCUGGUGGGUAAUCGCCCCACACUCGACGCUAUUGAAUUUCGGUGGUCACAGCUUCUCAUUAGAACCUCAAGAAUUUCCUCUCGGCAUUAUUUACUAGCGAGCACAUAAUAAUUUCCGGUUUGGGUUGUGGAGAUUGUGGUCUAAUACUGUUCGGUUCAUAAUUUCUAUGAAAUUCCUAAAACGUAGGUUUUGUCAUAUUAGUGGUCUGGUGUUUUUACCAUGCUUAAUAUUCACUUUCGGUCUUCUAUUCAGUUUUACGUCAGGGUUAUUCCUUAAAAAUUUACAAAUGGAAGACUUAAAAUACUUGGACUCAUUAUCUUUGACUGCCACAUCUUUAUACACUGUGUUAACAUUCAAGCUCAAAAUAGUUGUUCAUUUAUGCGUACUCACUCGUCUUACCACUUUAUCUUUUUAUUUGAUAAUCCUCCUUAAUUGCACUAACACAUACAUAUUCUGUAUGUAGGGUAAUUCCUACAUUUUCUGACUUAGCCUUUGGUACUUCGUUCUAUUCACUAAUAUUUUAAAGUAGCAGGUGAUAUUGGUGCGCAUUUAUGAUAGGUAAAUUUGGACAUGUUAGCGGGACAUAGACUGGAUUAAAGCAUGCUCAAUGCAUGAUUGCUUUGGUGCACGCUGAUUGGCUAAUUCUUAUCCAAUCAGCACUAGUCGAUAGUUGGAGAAUACUCUGGAAUCUUCUCAUGUAAAAACUAUAAAUAUACUGACGUUUUCCCUAUUGUACUUCUUACUUGCAUCUUACUUCCAUCUAACCUUGUUACUUGGAAUAUAAUCUCUUUCCUGUUCAACCGUGUUCUGAUUUGGGGACUUGUCGAGUGAUUGGUGUCCAAGAAUAUUAAGCGAUAGGUAUUCGAUAUCAGUGUCUAAAUUUGGUGAAACCCGAAGCCGAUGAAUAUGGUGUUAUAGCAGACAUCGUCAACAGAGAAUGUGAACGGUUCAAGUUACGCUCGUUGACAGAUGACCAAUUUAAAUGCUUAAUAUUCAUCAAAGCUCUUCAGUCACCACAAGAUACUGAGAUCAGGACAAGACUUUUGGCUUGACUGGAUCAAGACCCAAACGUCACACUCAGAACAUUGACAGAUGAGUGUAAGCGUCUACAAAGCAUCAGACACGACAACGAGUUGAUUGAACAAACAAAUCCUAAUUUAACCUUCAGUAGUGUCAAUGCUAUUACUAGAUUAAAAGUUCAGAAGCCGAUAAAAACUCGUAACAAACCAACGACUGCAUGCUGGUUAUGUGGUGAGUGGCAUUAUGUACGAUUCUGUCCAUUUAAGAAGCAUAGAUGCCAGGUGUGCAACAAACGUGGACAUAAAGAAGGUCACUGUGCACCGAAUCGUACGUCUCGGCCCAAGAAGAUGCCACAUAAUACCUUUCGUUUCCUUUGGUAUUUUUACUUAAUUUCUACUACUCUUGGUAAAAUUAUGUUUUCAUCUUCGCUUUUCUUCUAGUAAAUUUCCUGUUUCUUCAGUGCUGCGAAUCGCGGGAAUGCGUAUGUUUACUGAGCUCUUAUGUUCCAAUACUUGAAAAAAUAUUUAAAUCUUCACAUGAAGUAUAAUAUAUGACUGAUAUAAUUCGUUUGAUUGGUUAGCCAUAUACUCGUCCAUUGCGCCUAAUAAAUAUUAUUAAGUAUCGAAAAGAACAAUAAACCGGUAAUAAAGCAUCAAUUCCAAUAGAUUUAUGGGUUUCGUAUUGUCAUGUAGUAGGUGUUUAUCGUAUCCAAAAACCUUAAUGAAACGGGACGAUAAAAUUCGCCAGAUCAGUGGUUUUUGGCAAAUAGUGUGCUUUACUGGUAACUUUGUUUUAAGUUUCAUACUAUUUGUGUAGUUUGUAAGAUAGUAGUCAUUCCAUCCCAUGUGAUUAAAACUCUUUAGAUUUGUUAAUAAUAAUCCGGAUGAUAGUCUAAAAUUCUAAAUUUAAUUGUUGCUUGACUGUGGUCGCUAUGUUGACAUUAAAACGCGAAAUAUAACUCAAAUGUUUUUCAGGUUAGAACACAACCCCUAGAAGUUACAGUAGAAGAAUCAGUACCAUGCGAUGAUCCUAUGGAUAUAGGUACGGCCGCGGGUGGAGAGAGUCAGCUCUCCCUCACAAAAUACUCUCACAUCGCCACGUGCAUACAACUACUGUCAGGGAAGUCCUACUCACUGCUUUUUCGUGGCAGGGGUGUUGUUUACAAAAUUGAGAGGACGAAAAGCAAGGGACCGGUGCUUUAACGGGGUUGGUCGACACAGAGGAUUCACCUAGCGGAGUUGGGAAACCUUGAUUCUAAACCGAUUGUGCACAUGGACUCCAGGAUCCUGAAGGAAAAAUGACGUAUAAACCAAUUGUUGGUUACCGGCUACUAUGGGACUGCAUCUCCUUACGUUGCUUGACUGCCUUGUGGAUCAGAACUUUAGGUCGAAGGCUCAGGUUGUGGUCCCCUAAGAAAACCACCUGCUUCGGUUUGCGUACUCGGGCAGUAUUCCAUCCAUCACACAAAUCGAAUGAUUUAUAUGGCACAUAUCUGUUUAGUGCCUGCUUGUACCAACGUUUGUGUGUUUAAAUAAUAAUAAUGAAGUUUGUUUGUUGAAUAAAUUUGACUCUUCAAAACCACAUCAGUCUUUCAUGUGAAGAGAACGACCAGCUUCCUUCCUUAGAUAUAUUUAUAAGUAGACGAGAAGACGGUUCGAUCCAGCGAUCCACUUUAGAAAGCCAAUUGGCACAGGCCAAUACUUUAGUUAUUAUACUUACUACUCAGUGCAAUACAAACGGGGUUUGAUAAGAGAUCUGUUUUGCAGGAUUAAGUGUAUUUGCACAAACAACACUAUUGAUGAAUACCUUAGGUUGUUGAACAGAACAUUAAUGGAAAGUGGUUGUCCUCUAAAAUUCAUAAAUCGAUGGAAAGGCCAUGGUAUAGUAAGACCUACUAUAGCUUUGGCACAAAAACUGUCUAUAUCACCUUAUCGUUUAGAGGUGAUUCAAAUUAGUCUUUUAUUUCAGCAAAGGCUUAAAUCAGUUGUAAAUAAGACCUACUACGCAGCAAAGAACAUUAUCAAAGAAAAAAGAAGGUCCAUACUUUACCAAAGACCUAAAAGGAAUGAAAACGAUUGCGUCACAUCCCAUUGUGUUUAUUAAUUUAAAUUUGUGUAUGGCCAUACAUACAUAGAAAGCAAUAUUCUUGAUAUCCAAAUUAGGGUGUCUGAACAUGUACCUAAAUGGCUGCAAAAACAAGUAAAAUCAAAUGACCCAAUAAGAGUAGAUGAUAAAAGUCUAUCAUCCUUUGUUGACAAACACGUAUUUGAAACAGGUCAUAAGAUUGAUCUUAAUACAGCUUUUGUUGUGUUGUACAAAAGUGUUAAAGGGCCUAUACUAAGGUUUAUUGAAGCCUUAGCCGUACGGAAAUCCAAACCUUUAUGUAUUCAAGAACAGUUUGUUCUCACCUUAAACAUAGCCUGGUAAUAUUAGCUUAUUAUCCAGCCUGAUGAAUAUUCGGUUUGAGAAAACAUCAUGUUUCACUUAAACAGACGAUUUUCACACCUAAACAAUAACGGCUAUCCAGUCAGUCAGCUACAACGUAGAAUCAGGCACAUAUAUGCAUCAGUCGAAGUUGCCAUACCUCAUUAGCACAACAAGAUAAACACCAAAUUCCUAGAGGGAGUUACUUCAAUUUAUUUAUUUGAAUACAUAAAUAUUGGUACAAAUGGGAACCAAAUACAUAUGGGCCACAUAAUAAUAAUGAGAAUGUGAAGAGAUAGAGAAUGUAAAGUGCGUAUAAUAUAUAAAAAAAUAUUGCGCAUAAGGAUAUGAUAUAGGGAGAAAGAAUUAGUUCAUACAAAAAAGGUAUAAAGUAAUUUUAGCCUUACGGUUUAAGGGAAGACAAAGAGUGUUUACAUCUACGCCAUUGGUGAAUAUGUGGUCGAUGCAGCCACAACCAGGUUUGAAGCCAGCCUGGUUUUCUUGUGUUUGCAAGUUCACGAGUCUUUGUUACGCACCCGAUAAUUAUUGAGGCUAGUAUUUUAAAUGCUAUUUUAUUCGGGUCGCCAGAUAAACGGAGGGUGUAUCUUAUCGGCUCCCCGUUUUGGCUAGGUGAAGUCAAGUGAAUGACCACAUUAGGAUCCUGUAUGUGUGUUUCAGAGACACAGCAUACAUCAAUGGUACAAAAUUCUAGGGUCUUAGCCAAGGUGGCUGUUGUGAACGGGGAAAUAAGAAGCUCGGACAACUAUGAAAACUAUUUUCUUGGGACGUUGUUUCAUUUCAUUCAAACCUUGUAAAACACUUAUAUUUAUUUUUGUCCCUAUUUUAUUCUACAUAACAUGAGUUUACGUUCUAUGUAACAUUCACUGCCAUACCCUUUUUUGUUCCGAAAAUAUUGUAAUUUAAACAUAAUAUUUUGCAUCUUAUUUUCUACCCUAAUUCCCAGUUUCGGGCAUAAUUGUAUUUUUCCAAAUUAUCGUACGUUGUGGUCAGGAUAUUCACUUAUUUAUUCAUGUACAUUUUUUCACUAAUCCAAAUUCAGAGAAUUCACAAUUCAGAGUGUUCCAACUGUCUUGUCUUCUCUCACUUGUGUGCUUGCCAACCAAUCAGGUUCUAAAAUAGUUCUCUCUCUACCCCAUCUCGAACUCGCGUGUACUAGACUCGAGGUUAAGCCGCUCAGUCUAUCGCGCCAAGGUUAUAAUCUAGACUAUACAGAUCAAGGUCAAGUCAUAACAAAGUAUCGACGGGGUAAAAGCGAUUCAAGGUCAUAACAAUGGCCUGCUGGCCGAUUUGACAUAGGGUACGUACGUUGAAGGCUCCAACGUGUAGUAUGGAGCGAGGUUUCAAUAAACCUGAAAGUGUUUCGCGCGUUAGAAUCGUUGACCGUAGUGACACUUGAGGGGGAGUUUAGAGUUGAUAGUCGAGGUAGGAGGAGUAAUAGGAAAUCAAGAGGUGAAUUAAUUAUGAAUACAGUGGUCUCGAGUGUUGUGAGAAUUAUGAGGGUGGUUACCAAUUCCCAGUUGCCCACACCGUGGAAGUAUUUAUCUAGAGGUAGCUGAAAAGGAAAUUGGGUUAGAGUUGGUUUUAGUGACCUGAGAGUGUGACCACAGUGCCAAAGGGACAACUGCUUGAGGUCAGUCACACACGACCUUACUGAUCAAGUUUCGUGCUAGCUCCGUACUUGUUGGGACUUUACCGCCGGGGACGAAAACCCGUGGGAUAAGGGGUGUGUGUUUUCAGUGUCGACCAUUUUCAAUCCCAUCCUUCCUUUGUGGGAAGGCAGCAUUACUGUUAUGCUGGUUUUUUAGGAAUAUAUCUUACUGCUGUCACAACUCUGUACAGUCAACAGUACGACUUCGCCCUCGAACCUUGGGUCUGUUGCUUUUAGUCUUACCGUUCUUCAACCGACCUGUCUGGCAUGGUAGGACCUUGAAGAACGAUUGUUACAGCCAGUAUAUCCCGACUAGUUCAUCACGAUAGGAAAGCCGGACCACCACGUCAAGGUAUCACCACCUUUUCCACUGCUAUAGAGUGAUAUAUAGCUGAUUGGCGUGCAGUGUAAUUUUACUUUAGCUUCCAAACGGAUAUCAUUUUCGCACAGCGUGAAACGCAAGUAUGGAAAAUCUAACCAAACUUUUCUUAUUAUUUGGCGAGAUUUCAUCAGAAACCAACUCACUAGGUCUACUAAAUAUGUGCAAAUAUAUAUGCCGUCAUGUAGUCGAAUACUGCUUUUAAUUCAUGGAAUAUAGUUAUUAUUAAACGUCGGCAAAUAUAUCUACCUUCCAAAACGAUGAGAAUCUUUAAGUCCUAAUAGUCCUGCUGAUGAAUCUACUGCAUCAUUGUUACAUGAAAAUUCGGAAUCCUGCGGAGAACGUCAUUCGUCUAAAGUCAGCGAAAAAAGUUCAUACCGACAACCUAACAAGAUUGCUUGGCAUGAUGUCCAUUUACUGUUGGAUGAUGUUUCUGAAGAUGAAGAAAAAGAUGUGAUUUCGAAGUCACCAACCUCUCUUGGAAACUCCAUUCCAUAUUCAGACCAUUCCUCAGUUCCAAGGUCACCACAUACAAUUUCUCAGUCCUAUGAUCGGAACCUAUCAGUUCAGAGUACUUUCUCCCGUAAUAUUCAUAAUGCAGAUGAUUGCAUACGCUCUACCUCACCUAUCGCUUACGAUGAACGCAAACAUCGAAAUAAAUACAUGACAUCUACUUUAGAAUAUAAUCCAGAAAAUUAUGUUUCGAACUUUAAAACUGAAAGUGCAAAAUUAUGUUAUGAACAAAAGUCUGAUUCUAACGAUUCAUACUCAACAAAUACAUCUACAAAUCGUACGAAUCAUAAUCACUCUAAGUACUCAAGGUCGUCCACUUCACCCUUCUCUACUAGUCAGUUAUGUGAUGCGAAUGACUGGUGUACAAAAUCUACUGGGAUGAGCUCGCGAAUCGAAAUAUAUCACAGUAGCCAAUCAAUAAGAAGAUCCCAAACUUCGAUUAAAAAUCAACCAGUAUAUAGCCCAACGAGCCACUCUGAGCGUCAUCUUUCAGACGCGUUUAGACAAUCACAUUACACGAAAAGUCCGGAUAUUUUUAUGGAUCGUCGUUUGAAAUCAGAUUAUCCAUCGAGCAGUUCUCUGUCCAAUCAGUUCCGUUCAUCACCAGAUUCUAUGGUUCAGACGAAGAUGCGAAGUAACAAAAGUUAUCCUAACAUUACAUCAUCCUGUGAAUGGGCAAGAAAUGAAUCACGUUCCCCUGAAGAACAUUCUAGUAGAUCAUCCUCAAUGUUCUCACAAGGUAACUGCUCAUUGUCGUCAGUUUUAGAACGUGUGACACCAGAACCAACACCAACUUCCCAAUACCCCAGUUCAUCCACUUAUAAGACUUUCGAAACAGAAACAGUAAAUGCAUAUUCCUCUGACUUCGCUUCUGAUCGGUUAACUCGGAAACGCGAAAUCGAGGCCAGAUUGAAAGAGAUUGAGUCAACUGAGCGGAAGCUGCUGAACUGGAAAAAAAUGCAGAGUUACGGGAAAGAAGCACGAUCGUUCACAAACCGUGAUGAUGUGGAAUAUGGACCAGAUUAUAAGAAACUCCCAAAGAAGUAUACGAAGUGAUUUCGGCAAGAAGAACAAACCACUAUCUGAUGAGUUAGCACGACUGUUAAUCUCAACGCUAUGUCCUCAAAUCAGUCCCAUGAACUGUGAUUAUAAUGAAGUCAGUGUGCACC